AUAUCUCUUAGCAGCGGUAAAUAUCCUGAAGACAACCCGUUUUCACUUAAACAAAAUAAUGCUACUUAUACAACCUCAUACAGAAUUCCCGAUAAUUAUGUAGUACAAACAAGGUGGGGCCGAGGAAGGUCACAGCAUGUAAUAGAUUGUGAAAUUAAAUACAAAAUAGAUGGGCCAGUUUAUAUAAUUAGGUUUGAAAAAGAUGAACAAAGUUUUGUAAUAACGUCGAAAAAAUCCGUGACUAAAGUUGUCAAUGAAUACUUAAAAAAAAGAAAUCCUGAUACGCAAGCACAACUUUCGGGGGUGCAUGUAUUUGGGCUUAACACAAUAGAUGUGGAGAAAGAACGCGAGAGAAAGAAUCAAUCUCAUCCUUUUAAACCAUUUAACAUAUUGGGCAAGUCCAUGAAAGAAAAACAUUCUCACAUAUUUUCAAAGCAAAUUGGUAUAGCCUUUAAAAAUGAAAUUCACAAAUUCUAUAAUCCAAUAGAUCAACCCAUUCUACAAGAACUUCGAUUUAAUGUUCAAGAAAAAAACUAUAUAGUUGAUUAUCGUAAUAGAAAUAGAGAUAAAAAAAAUAACCAUAUUGAAGCAGUUACGAAAAUUGUUGACCAGGGUCUAAUCUCUCAGAAAUCAUAUCGAAACUUAGCUGCUAUUCAACAUGAAUUACUACGUGAUUAUGAUGUCUCAAAUGCCAGAAAAAAAAUUAAUGAUGAAAUGAACCAAAAAGUUCCUGUUUCUAUUUUAAACAUAGCAAAUAUUUCUCUUAUAACAACAAAUGAGCUGCCCGAUAUUACCGAUCAAGAAAUUGAAGAAGAGAUGAUGCGAUAUAUCGGUAAUGCAGGCUAUAGAAGGAUCACAGAUAUAUUACGCUUUGUGAUUCUGGACCUUUUAAAUCGACAAGUUCUGAAUAUAAAUAAUCCAAUAAUCUAUAUCCAUAUAUCAGGGAUGGCC